GUUGCUUGUUUGGAAUGGGGAAGAGCAGUGAUUGUAAUGUGUUGUUUUGACAGCGUCUGUUGCUCUUCCAUUAGCUAGAGUGAAGGUUUCAGAAUGGGACUUUUCGGGAAAACACAAGAAAAACCGCCUAAAGACUUGAUUAAUGAAUGGUCACUAAAAAUACGGAAGGAAGUCAGGGUGAUUGACAGACAGAUCCGAGAUAUUCAGAGGGAAGAGGAGAAGGUGAAGAGAUCGAUCAAAGAUGCAGCGAAGAAGGGACAAAAGGACGUGUGCAUCAUUCUUGCCAAAGAGAUGAUUCAUUCAAAGAAGGCAGUCAGCAAACUUUAUGCCUCCAAAGCCCAAAUGAACUCUGUGCUCCUUAGCAUGAAAAAUCAGUUGUCUGUGUUAAGAAUGGCUGGUGCAUUGCAGAAGAGCACAGAGGUCAUGAAGGCCAUGCAGAGCCUGGUAAAAAUCCCAGAGAUCCAGGCUACUAUGAGGGAACUCUCGAAGGAGAUGAUGAAGGCGGGUAUUAUAGAAGAGAUGCUAGAGGACACACUUGAGGGCAUGGAUGAUGAGGAAGAAAUGGAGGAAGCGGCAGAGGCUGAGGUUGAUAAGAUCCUCUUUGAGAUCACAGCUGGCGCUCUUGGCAAAGCUCCCAGCAAAGUCACAGAUGCUCUUCCUGAGCCGGAGCCAGUCGGGGCUACCGCAGCCUCAGAAGACGAAGAGGAAGACAUUGAGGAAAUGCAGUCCAGGCUAGCGGCCUUGAGGAGCUAAACCGCUAUAGCUACUCCUUCUAAACUUCUGUAGUCGUAGACAAAAAUCUCUUCUCAAUUACAAUGAAUUUAUUCUUCUAAUGUCUUGUUUCUUCUGUCUGUAAUUAUAUGGACUGAAUUGGUAUCAGCAGGCUGUAUAAUAGUUUUACACAGAAAACAAGACCAAGAGAAGUGCUAAUACAGCAAAACCCCUCUGCCUACAUAAUUAAACAGCAAGGUUUAAAGGAACAGCAGUUAGAAAUGUUUUAGAGCAGUUUAUGGCUGCUAGGUAAUUUCGUUCCGUUUAUUUUCAAGUUAUUUAAACAAGAGAUCAGUGAUUUCUGCUUGAAACAGUGAUUUAAGUUAGUCCAUGCUGUGUAUGCCGGUUGCUGUGUAACAUGACGAAGGAUCUGUUGUACAGUGCAGGCAUCAUAUUGGUCUCUAGUCUCUACUGUCUUUAUCUUCACUGUGGUUUCUCUAGCCUUAUUUAGUGUCUAAGCGAAUGCUUUUUUUUUUCCCUCUCAUUGUUACCAUUCAGUGGAAAUGUGGUUUUACUGAAUUUGAGAAACUCCUAACAGCCAGUGUGUGUACACUUUGUAUAAAUAUAUAAAUAUUAAGUGUGUUUAUCUUAAUUUUAGAUUAAGUAAAGCCCUCCUUUUAUGUAAAUGGUUCUGUAAUCUGGCUGCUGGCCGGGCUGAUGAAAACCAUGCAGUGCUGUGACUUGUUAUGGCAACUGUGUAGCUUUCACACACAGCCACUGCACCACAACCAACAUUGUCAAAGAGGGAAAUAAAUGCUAGCGGCUUACAAAUUCAGAUCCACCUUUCCAAAUUUGCACUCGGGUAUAUUAUUUUUAGUAAGAGCACUCCAAACUUCUGAGACAUCUUCAAAUGUUCUAAACUACUUUGGUUUCACAGGAAAACUGCUGUGCAAGUAAUGAGUUAAUUAAAAAAGUUAAACACUAUAUCAGGAACUGUAUCCUUUCCUUUUUCAUGUUGUUUUUAAUUAUUCUGUUCAAAAGUACAGCAUGGAAUAAAGUCUAUAUACAAAAGUAUAAUGUUUGGAGAAAAAGCACUUUCUAUAAGAUACACUCCAAAAUGAAGUCUUAAAGAGGUUUAGUUUUGGCCAAGCCCUGGAUCUGUAAAUUAAUGUGUGACCUGAUCCACUGUUGACAUAAAUCAUGUCUAACACUUUAUUGUAUGUGUGUGUGUUAAAUCGCAAGCCACGGUUAUUUCAAUACACCAUCACUAAAAUAUUUUUGUGAUGUGACCUUGUAUAGCAGAGAUUGCUAGUCAUUCCUGUAAUAGACAGAAUCAAAGACAUGGGGCUUUUCCCACACACACUAUACUGUGUGAUCCUGUAGGGCUCUCUUAUAAAUCUCUAAAGAAAAACUCAUCUUUUCAGCUAAAAGCAUGAGACUGCUCUCUUACAGCUGUACGUUUGUGUUUUGAGUAUACUGGUAUUAAAAGGUUUUCUUUUUCUGUGGAUUAAAAUGAGGUUAUGCUGCCCAUUCAUGAAGAUACCUAAAUAAAAACACACAAUAUUAUGGCUGACUGCAAAUAUUUUGUACAAAUUCAGUCUCGUUUACCAAUGAGUUAUGCUUCAUGAUGUGAUCCUGAAAUUAUUACAGAAUUAUCAUUGAAAGCAAGUAACUUCAUUUCAGUCUCAUUUAAAAAAAAAUGUAAAUACCUGCAGAAUGGACAUACAGAAAAGUGUUUUGUAAACACAGGAAUGUUUAAGAAUAAACUUUUAUGAACAAA